AUGGGAUUAUCUCCCUUCCAUACAUUAGCACCUGAGUUGUUCGCCUCCCCCCCGUCCACUCACCCCGCCGCCAAAGACGGAUUCAUGCAGACCAUGCCGCCUCGAGCGUCUUUGACUAGUUCUUUCUCUGUCACCGACGCCAAUAAUGAAGUCGUCUGCCCCUUGAAGAAUAAUGACGGCUCCAAUUGUCGGAAAAGAUGCCUCGGAGAGAAACGCUAUCGCUCCAUGCAGGAGCAUAUCCGUCGGGCGCAUCCGAACAACUACAUUCCGAAGCUCCCGGCCACCGAAGAGAGCUUUAUCUUGAUGGUCACCACCCCUCCGGAACAGCGAGCUCAGAUAUCUCCGCCAAAUCAAACUCAAUCUCGCCGUCGCAAUGCCGAUCGAGAUAUAUACGUCGCUGACGCCAGCUCACCCGCAACCCCACGGGGAAUCGACGAAGCUCAUCCUGCUGCCGCAACUGCUGCUGUCGCAUUAGCCCAAUUGCACCAUAAUCGAUUAGCCUCGGACUGGGACACGGAUAUGGAAACCCACUCUGAUAACGAUAUCGGACGGGAACGCAUGCGGUCUUCCAUUGAGCUACCCUCCCUUCGCGACCAUUUCAAACAGGAAUCAUUGCCACCUUUUUCUCCACGCCCGCGAGAGCUUCUGCCAUCGAUUCUCAACCACUCGCCUCCUGGUCGCUCAUCAACCCUUCCUCCCAUCCAGAGAAGGGACAAAUUGCCCCGCCCUCGCAAGUCCUCCAUAUCAGCGGCACGGAAACCUAAACAUGAGCGGGUCAAGUCAAAGGAAUAUGGCCGGCGCCCUAGCCUGGGCGAUCGUAAAGCGCUGUCCGCUGAACCGCAGACGGCAGCGUGGGCCCAAGGCAAGCGCUGGGAGGAUCUGAUUGAAGCGGCUACGUCGGCCACGGAGGCAGAUGAUGACCGACAGUCGGAGGUGAGUUCGCUAUCAGAUACCGAGGAACGACGGGUUCACCCGUUGUCUCUUCGCGAACAGCUUUUAACUGUUCCGUCCCAGGUCGGUCGGUCACCGACCCUCGCACCUCUGAUUUCGAACAUCACCUCUGCCCCUUCUGCUCCGGGGAAUCGGUCAUCACUCCCUCCUGCUUUCCAGUCGGCGGGCGGAUUACCCCCACCCAAUUCUCACCGCCCAUUUCCACCGCAUUCUUUUGGUGCGUCCCCUUUGCAUAAGUCCUUGACUCCCCCACCGUAUGAAACAGCCCGCAGCCGCGACAGUGAUCUGGAGCCUUUCCCGUCCAUUGAGUCUUCCUUGGACUCGGCAUCGACUGCAUCAGGGAAGAAUUUUGCAUUCUCGGGCCAUCUUGGGCCGUUGGCAAAACCCGAUUCCAGUCCUGGUUUGAAUCUCUUCCCUCGCCAGCAUCAUCGCUUCUCCAACCCAACUCCAGCAUCAUUUCGGCAAAAGGAGGUCCAAGUCUACUGCGCUAGCUGUCAUCGGCCCUGGGCGUUGAGCGAUUGCUAUGCCUGCACAGAAUGCAUUUGUGGGGUAUGCCGUGAGUGUGUAGGGAUGUAUAUCAGCAGUCCCACUGCGUCCUUUAGGAAUGUGACCUCGAGCCCAGGUAGCGCCAUGUCACACGGUCCGACGAGCUAUCCUCCCCGGGGUUGUCCGCGGUGUCGUUCCAUGGGAAGCAAGUGGAAGGCGUUCCAACUUGAAUUUAAGUGA